AUGACACUAGUCAACUAUUCAAGAGUACUCUGGCCAUUUGCAUGUAGUACAAUUUUUGUGUUGAAAGACUUGCAAUUGUUUCUUGAAGCUCUCGAGUACUUCGAUGGAAGUGUACAGUACAAAAAGCAGAAAAGAGGAAAACUCGUCGGCUUGCUUUUGUGCUGUGUUUCCAUUGUUCUAAGAGCGGCAGAAUUCUCUUUUGCUACAAUUUAUCUUAGCCGAUACCCUGAGAAUACACGGGUACUACUGUGGAUACUGUAUGCAUUAUUUGGAGGCCUGGAAUCCCUCGUGCUGCUGCAGAUCACCACACUUGUACUCGAACUGCGCGAGAGGUUUCGUGUAAUCAACGACAGUAUCCUUACGGCUGCUUCUCCUCACAGCGACAAGCACUUUUCGCGUAUCCUCCUGGGCACCGUUCGACAAGCGGCGCUGGUAUCCCAUCUCGGGGUGGACCGGCUGCACCACGCACACGCAGUUCUCCAGCGGGCAGCACAACUUCUCCAGCAGCACUUCGGCGUCACCUUGGUCCUUCACGUGACGACAGCAUUCUCCGCUCUCAUAUACGGCGCUUACGAGUUCCUGGUGGCAACGUGGCUGACGUCACACCUGCUGAACCUGGUGGCCGUGGUGCUCUCCUGCUCGGCGACGGUGGACGAGGCAGAGCGCACGCGCGACCUGGUGGUGCGGGUCGCCACGCUGCAGGGGCGCCCGUUUCUCAGCGCGGGGAUGGCGCCGCUGCUGAUGCAAGUGCUGACCUCUCGCCCGCUGUCGUUCAAGGCUACCGGUUUCCUCACCAUCGACCGCCAUCUGCUGGUGUCUGCUCGCUGCUUCACCAUCACAUACUUAGUCAUAUUAGCUCAGAUGUCUCUCAAUUAA